GUCAUUAGUGCAGAUUUGCGCUGUUUACCGUCAGAUUUACUAAAAAAACAAAAACACUGAACUUGAACUGGAUGGUAAACGGAAAAAAUGUGGCGUGUUUGUCGAAAAACUAUAUUUCCAAGAUGGCACGUGAAUCGACAAAAUCCUGUAGAGAAUCAAAAACAGUCUGGAAACUCUAAGCCCUUGGUUUUAGCGCCAUUUACUCACAAAGGGUAUUCAGAUGGGAAUUCCAAUCGUCAACAUGCACACAAAAAAGAGAAAUUUUGGGAAGACCCCCAGUUCCAAUUUCGUACUUAUGGGUCAUCCAUUUUGGAAACUGCUGGUUGGCUGGGUGCAGCUGUUGUAUUAUGCCUCAAUGUCCAUGUUAAGCAUAUUAAACUCAUUUAUGAGCGCGAUAAAUCAGGAUCAUCGUGUAUUUUCCGAAGGCACGCUUAUGGAAUGCCCCAACAUGUCAAAAAGGAAGAGAAGUUAUUGAAUCCCCAAAUUCUUCCCUUUUCGAGGCUGAAACUUGAAAAGGAUAAGACUACAGAAUUAUUAGGAAGUUUUAAAAUGAUAGCAAGCCACUACACGGCCGCUGUACAAAACUCUGCCGGUGUCGCGAACAUCAACGCAGAUGACAGGAAAGCCUUUCGACACUUUCAGAGGGCUGCCCGACUCGGAUCCAGCGAAGGAUUAUACAAUUUAGCAUUAUGCUAUGAAUUAGGAAAAGGGACUCGAAUCAAUUUGCACAGAGCUGCAUUUUGUUAUCAAAAAGCUACUUCCAAAGGGCAUGGAUUAGCUGCUUUUAAUCUUGCAGUAUACUUCUUUAAAGGUCUGGGAGGCUUACCAAUUGAUGAAAAUUUAGCUAAGGUUUUAAUUGCAGAAGCAGCCAAGAAAGGAGUUCCAGAGGCUCAAACGUUCAUUGGUUUGGAUUACUUAGAAACUGAAAAGUGGUCAGAAGCCUUUACUGUUUUUAACAGUUUAGCAGAAAAAGGAAUUCUGGAUGGAAAAUAUUAUCUAGGCGUAUGUUAUGAAAAUGGAUGGGGUGUAAACAAAAAUGAAGCAGCUGCUGCUGAGUUAUUUGCACAGACAGCAGCUUUAGGACAUAAAAAAUCUAUUCUCAAACUGGGCUCAUAUUAUGAGACUGGAAAAGGAGGCUGUGAUAAUGAUUGUGAUUUUGCAAAAGCGUUAUAUCAAAUACUUGCAGACUAUGGCUGUGAUGAAGGGCAAAAAGCCUUAAUAAAUUUAAAACUAAAGCAACAAAAAAUAUAUGAAGAUAGUUUGACUCAUCUUCAAAACAGUACCAUACAAAGAAGCAAACUGCAUUCAUCUUCAUCUUUUCCACAAUUGUCAUCAACCAAUCAUUCUUGGCAUGAAUAUUUUCAUCAUUUGCCAGCAUUACCGCAUCUGAACUUAAUAACUCCGUACAAGCCUGCUGAAAAGAGUGAAGUUCCUGGAUUGAAAAAACCAAUAUUUUGUGGCCAGGAAAAUGUUCAGGACUUGAGUAUGUCAAAUAUCAUCAUUCAAAACUUUCGUAACAUUCCUCCCAUAGUGGUCGGCAAGACUUGAGUCGUAAAUGUCCUCCAAAUUGUUGUGAAAUGUACGAGAAAGAAAAUGAACGUGACUUCGUUCAAGUAUUAGACUAAACCAU